UUUUUUGAAGUGCUUUUUGGUAUGGUAUUUUGCAAAGUGAAAGUCUAGUGUCCCAUUAAGGUGCUAAAGACAAAUCAACAUUGCUAUAUAUGUACUAUACAAUCUCCAAUGCAAUUUAAAGCCUAGCCUUAAGGUCUCAAACUUAGAAGAGAGUUAGUAAUAUUGUUAUUUGUUGAAUAUAUAUACCAAUAUUUUAGUGACUAAGAAAGGACAAAACAUGAUCAUGAGGAAACACAACCUAUUAUGUUUUUGAUACCUUCUUAGCUUUGGCUUAUAUUUAGUAAAUUUCAAAGUGCAGAUUUGGAUUUGUAGCUUCAUUUUUCUAGGAAUUUUUUUUGGUAUCAUCUUAUUAUGGCUGGUGGACAAAAACAGAAGAGGCUCAACAAUUCGUGCAUUCUCCUCAUAGCAAUUGCAGGUAUAGAGAGAUUUGCAUUCAAAGGGGUAGCUUCAAAUUUGGUAACUUAUCUAACAGAUGUUGUGAACUUAAGCAACUCAUCUGCAGCAAAAAUGGUUAAUAGUUGGGUUGGAUUCACUUCUAUAAUGCCAUUGUUAGUGGCACCUAUUGCUGAUGCUUAUUGGGAUAAAUAUUCUACCAUAAUGUCCUCAUCUUUUCUCUAUGUUAUGGGACUUGUAGCAUUAACAACAACAGCACUAGCAAGAUCAUGGCAUCAUAAAAACAGAACAAUGUCUUCUUCAUUUCUUUCAUUAUCUCUCUAUUUAAUUUCAUUAGGCCAAGGUGGUUAUAAUCCUUCACUACAAGCUUUUGGAGCUGAUCAACUUGGUUUAGAAGAAGACUUACCUUGUAACACAGAUGAUACAAGUUGCAACAAAAAAGCACUUUUUUUCCAAUGGUGGUAUUUUGGUGUUUGUGCUGGAAGCCUAAUGGGAGUUACUGUCAUGUCUUACAUCCAAGAUACCUUUGGUUGGGUAUUAGGAUUUGCUAUCCCUGCAAUUUCAAUGCUUUGUUCUAUUUUAGUUUUCUCUAGUGGAAGCUCUAUAUAUUCAUAUAAAGAACGUGAUGAUGACGACGAUGUUCAAGAUAAGAAGCCUUUCAAGAACAUGUUUCAAGCUAUAAAAGCAUCUGCAUUGAAAUGCUUCCAUUGUGAAAUUACCCUACCAAAUUCCAAGUCUGAUGUUGUUGAACUAGAGCUUCAAGAGAGACCUCUUUGUCGCGAAAACAUGGAAAGCCUUAAGGUUUCAAAUAAAGGUUCUAAAAUUAGCAUGUGUCUACUACCAAAUGUCAAGGUUAUGAUAAGAUUAUUACCUAUAUGGACAAUGCUUCUCAUGUUUGCAGUGAUUUUCCAACAACCUGCAACAUUUUUCACAAAACAAGGCAUGACAAUGAAGAGAAACAUAGGUUCAAAUUUCAAGAUACCACCAGCAACACUGCAAAGUGCUAUAACAUUAUCCAUAAUACUAUUGAUGCCGUUAUACAACCGAGUUUUCAUACCGUUUGCUCAGCUGAUAACCCGACAGGACAAAGGCAUAAAUGUGAUGCAAAGGAUGGGAAUCGGAAUGGUUCUAUCGAUCAUAGCGAUGGUUAUAGCCGCAUUAGUCGAAAUGAAAAGGCUUGAGAUUGGUAAAAACAUGAGAAGUGAAGGAUCAUUGUUAGAAACAGUUCCAAUAAGCAUUUUUUGGUUGCUACCACAAUACAUUCUUCUUGGUAUUUCAGAUAUUUUCACAGUUGUUGGUAUGCAAGAGUUUUUUUAUGGUGAAGUUCCAAAGAAUAUGAGAACGAUGGGAAUUGCAUUGUAUACAAGUGUUUUUGGUUGUGGAAGCUUUGUGAGUGCAUUGUUGAUUACAUUAGUUGAAGUUUAUACAAGUUCAAAAGGGACACCAAGUUGGUUUUCUGAUGAUAUGGUGGAAGCACGUUUGGAUAAUUACUAUUGGCUUUUAGCUUUGUUAAGUUCAGUUAGCUUGAUUUUGUAUACACUUUUGUGUAAAUAUUACUAUAGUAAGAGUGAUUCAGAUUCUGAAAAUUGAGUUUUAAUUAAUAUAUUUUGUCUUAACUUGCCCUUUUUCAUUUGGGCUAAAGUUUGUUGAACUAGUUGACAUUUGUAUUAAUAACAGUAAUUGUAUA